UUCAGGAUAGGUUUAGGACGAUGACUUCAGGGAUCUAUACGGGCGGCAUCAGGAAAUGCAACAGGUGGAAAACUAUUCGUUCUCGCAAUGAUCUGUUGUUGUUCCCGCUAGGGAAGGAAGGAAGGUGGAUUUGAAGAGAACGCUGCCUGAAUUUGGACGCUCGAGUAAGGGGGAAAAUAAGAACUAGUCGCACGUCCAGCCACAGAAAACCCUCAGCCAGGCACCAUGGAUGACAGCUUGAGUAACUCCAAUGUGAAGGUCGCAGUUCGCGUCCGACCAAUGAACAGAAGAGAAAAAGACCUGAAGACCAACUGUGUGGUGGAGAUGGAGGGGAACCAGACAGUGUUGAACCCUGCUAGUCAGAACCUCAGCAAGGGAGACCCCCGGAAUCAGCCUAAGGUUUUUGCUUAUGACCACUGCUUCUGGUCCAUGGACGAGUCCGACACAGACAAGUUUGCGGGUCAAGACGUUGUGUUCCAGUGCCUUGGAGAGAGUCUUCUGGACAAUGCCUUUUUGGGCUAUAACGCCUGUAUCUUUGCCUAUGGACAGACAGGCUCAGGGAAGUCGUACACCAUGAUGGGUUCGUCAGAGCAGCCAGGUCUGAUCCCGCGGCUGUGCAGCUCUCUGUUUGACCGGACCCUACUGGAACAGAGGGAGGGAGAGAGCUUCACUGUAGAGGUCUCCUUUAUGGAGAUCUACAACGAGAAGGUUCGCGACCUACUGGACCCUAAAGGAAGUCGUCAGGCCCUGCGAGUGAGAGAACACAAAGUGUUCGGGCCGUACGUUGAUGGUCUGUCUCGUCUGGCUGUAGCCUGCUAUAAGGACAUAGAGUGUCUGAUGUCAGAGGGUAACAAGUCUCGUACAGUAGCAGCCACCAACAUGAAUGAGGAGAGCAGCAGGUCCCAUGCCGUCUUCAACAUCAUCCUCACACACACUCUAAUGGACCUGGGUUCUGGGACCAGUGGUGAGAAGGUCAGUAAGCUGAGUCUGGUGGAUCUGGCUGGCAGUGAGAGAGCUGCUAAGACUGGAGCUACUGGAGAGAGGAUGAAGGAGGGCAGCAACAUCAACAAGUCUCUAAGCACGCUGGGCCUGGUGAUAUCAGCACUGGCAGACCAAGGAGCAGGGAAGAACAAGACCAAGUUUGUUCCCUACAGAGACUCAGUUCUCACCUGGCUACUCAAGGACAGUCUGGGUGGUAACAGUAGGACAGCCAUGGUAGCCACGGUGAGUCCAGCAGCUGAUAACUAUGAUGAGACUCUGUCCACGCUGCGCUACGCUGACCGGGCUAAGAGCAUCGUCAACCACGCCGUCGUCAACGAAGACCCCAACGCACGCAUCAUCAGAGAGCUACGGGUGGAGGUGGAGAAACUACGAGACCAGCUUACUGAGGCUGAGUCUAUGAAGGCUCCAGAUUUGAAGGAGAGGCUGGAGGAGUCAGAGAAACUGAUUCAGGAGAUGACGGUUACCUGGGAACAGAAACUACGGAAGACUGAGGCGGUGGCUCAGGAGCGUCAGAAACAGUUGGAGUCUCUAGGUAUCUCUCUCCAGUCGUCAGGCAUCCGAGUGGUAGACGACAAGUGUUUCCUUGUCAACCUCAACGCCGACCCUGCCCUCAAUGAGCUGCUGGUUUACUAUCUAAAGGAGCACACGCGUGUUGGCUCAGCUGACUCUCAGGAUAUUCAGCUGUGUGGUAUGGCCAUCCACCCUGAGCACUGUGUCAUCAACAUCACCGCUGAGACGGGAGUGGUUCUCACACCACACCGCAGCUCCCGUACGUGUGUGAAUGGCUCUUCAGUCACCAACCCAGUCCUGCUUCACCAUGGAGACCGCAUCUUGUGGGGAAACAACCACUUCUUCAGGAUCAACCUGCCCAGACACCUAGCCCAUGCGGGGGGUGAGGAUGACUCGGGUAGUGUGAUGAAGAAUUGCCUCAGUACUGACCAGUUGGAAGUGGACUUUGAUACGGUCAGCUUUGGCUACGAGUUCGCCCAGACAGAGGUCAUGAUGAAGGGCAUGGGAAACAACGACCCCAUGCAGUCUGUCCUCCAGACGUUGGAGCGACAGCACGAGGAGGAGAAGAGGGCGGCUCUGGAGCGCCAGAGACAGAUGUACGAGCAGGAGCUGCAGCAGCUGAGGAAGCAGCUCCCUCCUGCAGAGAAACACACUCUGCUGCUGCAGAGCCCUGGGCCUGCAGGCCUGGAGCCAGCCGAACCCUCAGCAGCAGCGACGGCAUCGAUCGCAUCAUCACCUUGCGCCCAGACACGCAUGCGAAGAUGGAGCGAGAACAGAGAGGCCAUGAUGACUCGUAGCCUGAGAAGACUGAGGGAACAGAUCGUCAGAGCUAACCUGCUGGUGCAGGAGGCUGGCUUCAUAGCUGAGGAACUCAACAAGAGGACGGAGUACCUGGUCACCCUGCAGAUACCUGCUGCUAACCUCGACGCCAACAGGAAGCGUGAUGCGGUGCUGAGUGAGCCUGCGGUGCAGGUGAGACGUAAGGGUAAAGGGAAGCAGAUCUGGGCUCUGGAGAAGAUGGAGAACAGAGUGGUGGACAUGAGAGACCUCUACCAGGAGUGGAAAGACUACGAUGAAGACAACCCUGUGAUGCGUUCCUACUUCAAGCGUGCGGACCCGUUCUUCGACGAGCAGGAGAACCACAGUCUAAUAGGAGUGGCCAACGUGUUUCUGGCCUGUCUCUUCUACGACGUCAAGCUGCAAUACGCUGUACCUAUCAUCAACCAGAAGGGAGAGGUUGCAGGGCGUCUACAUGUGGAGGUGUGGCGAGGGAGCGAGGGGCUGGAGAAAGUAGAGACCAGUCCAGAUGGAGAGACACAGGAACGCAAAAUGCAGUGUGUGGUCAGGAUCCUGCAGGCUACAGGUCUUCCUCGCCACCUGUGUAACUUUGUGUUCUGCCAGUACCAUUUCUGGGGGCAGGAUGAGCCUGUGUUCAUUGCCCCGGAGGUGGAGCCCACGCCCCCCACAGCCACCAGCAGAGAUCCCCUCUGCACCGUACUUUUUGACAGUAGCAAGGAGCUGGAGGUGUGUGUGUCUGAGGAGUUUGUGGAGUUUGUGGCGGAGGGGGCAGUGGCCAUCGAGGUGUUUGGACAUAAACAGGUGAACCACCGCAGGAACUUGGCUCUCUGGGACCUGGGAGUCAUUCAGGCCAAGACACGAACCCUCAGAGAGAGGUGGAGUGAGGUGACUCGUAGGCUGGAUCUCUGGGUUCAGGUGUUGGAGCUGAAUGACGCAGGAGAGUUCUCCCCUGUAGAGGUCCUACCACCCAAGGACGUACGCACCGGGGGCAUCUUCCAACUCAAACAGGGGCAGUCUCGUCGUUUGCAGGUGGAGGUACGGUCUGUACCUGACUCAGGAACCAUGCCCCUCAUCGCCACAAACAUCCUCUCUGUUUCCAUUGGCAACGUGGAGGUACGGGAGGCCUGCCCCUGGGAUGAGGACGUGGACAGCUAUCAGGAAGGUGAUCUGGAGAGGUUGAGGGACCAGUGGCUGACCACCCUCACUAAGAGGCAACAGUACCUGGACCAGCACCUGCAGAAGAUGGUCCAAAAGCCAGAUAAGUCAGAGGAUGAUGUGGAGAGGGAGGCCCAGCUGUUAGAGUGGCGUCUGACCCUGACAGAGGAACGUAACGCCGUCCUGGUACCUUCGGCUGGUAGCGGGAUCCCUGGAGCCCCCGCUGAGAGAGUUCCUGUUCCUGGGAUGGAGGCACAUAUUCCUGUUCUCUUCCUGGACCUCAGUGCUGACGAUUUCCAGGAUAACCUAUCUGCUCCACUGGCUGGGGGUCUAGAUGCCAUGCUUAACCAGGAGGAUGAGGAUGCGUUCUUUGACCUGCACAUAGUCAAGCACUACGAUGGAGAGGUUGGUGCAGAGGCGUCGUGGGACUCGACGGUACAUAACUGUCCCCAGCUGAGUCGCAGUGUGUCAGCUGACCUCAAGGUGUACCUGAUCGUCAGGGUCGUAGUUCAGCUCUCUCACCCUGCUAACAUGCACCUGGUCCUCCGAAAACGCAUCUGUGUCAACCUAGCCGGACAACAGGGUUGGGGUCAGAGUCUGUUGAAGAGGAUGUCUCAUCGCAGCACCAUCCCUGGUUGUGGAGUCACCUUCGAGAUCGUCUCCAACAUCCCCGGGCAUGUCCAGGGUCCAGAGGACAGAGAGAUGCUGGCCAGACUAGCAGCCAGUGUAGAUGUUCAGGAUGUCCAUUCAGCGGACAGUGAGGCGGCCAUAGAGAAGUACCUGCGCAGUGUCCUGGCUGUGGAGAAUAUACUCACCCUGGACCGACUACGACAGGAAGUAGCAGUAAAGGAGAAGUUGUCGGUCAAGGCCAAGUCUCCAAGUCGUGCUCUCAGCUCUCCUAACGUGAACCGGCUGUCAGGAUCCUGGAGCAGACAGGAUCUGUCCUCCAAUCACAGGCUAGAUAACAACAAGAGCUGGUCAGAGAGUAACCAGGAUCUGUCAGUGUUCUCUCCACCGUCCAACUCCAGACGCACCCUGCCUAGCUCCGCUCUGCCUCUGGCCCAGAACAUCCACCCUGAGACUAUCAAGGCUCUGGUUCCUCCUGUCCCGAAACUGCUAAAGUCCCUGUUCCCAACCAGGGAGGAGAAGAGAGACCUGACCCAUGUCCCACAGCAGCCCCUCCCUCAGAGCCUACCUCGCAUCGUAGUGCAGUCAGCAAGUGUUGAAGAGGACAUGGAUACAAAACUGAGUCACUUGGUUCCCAUUGGGGAAAUCAUCCCCCCAAAGUGCCAAUCAGAGGCUGCGAAAAUCAUGCCCCUCCCCCCGGCUAUCAUCCCUCCCCUCAUCCCUGAGAUGGAAGACCUCGUCCCCAGUCCGGUCAGCGAGGCAUCCAGCGGCUACAUGUCCACUAGCAUCUCCACGGCAACCCUGUCAGAGGCUUACCUGAUUUGUGGGGACCUCGCUCUGUCAGCCAAUCUCAAUCCAGAUGGCUUUGAGGUGAUGCACAGGUCGUUCGAGUCCGACAUCGGUCGGUGUCUUCAUCGGGAGUCUAACAUGGCCGGCCAGGAGGAAGAGAGGGAUGCUUCUCAGAUACCUCAGGCCACUGCUACUGACCUGGAGGUUUCAGAGAAACAGAGGACUGGUACUAGUACUCCCCAGGCAGACGGGACUGGUAUUGAUACAGUCCGAGCAGAAUCUUCUCUCCCAUCGGAACCACAUGGAACCUCCGCAGAACCUCUUCUCAUAUCAGAAUCCUCAGGAGAACCUGAAGAUAUGACUCCACCAGAGUCACUGACACACAAGUUUACACAAGACUACUACAGACUACUACCGUGUGAAGGAUCAAUCCAACCAGAGUCACUGACACUGUCUACACAAGAACAGUCUGUAGUAUCUAAUGAGUCUAAACCACCAGUACAGCCAGUCAAGUCUGUACAAGAACAACUGACACAGUCUUCACCAGACAAGUUAACAGAAAAACUGUCUGUAGUAUUAGACCAGUCAGAACCACCAGUCCACAUAAAAGACCCAGUCCAGUUAGAAGAACCACCAGUGGAGCCAAAGUCACCUCGGGUACAGAGUGAGGAAACAGCUGAGUCAGCACCUCUAGACCAGCUAGCACCUCUAGAUCAGCUAGUACCAGCAGACCAACUAGCACCAACAUACAACCUAGCACCGGCAGACCAGCCUGAACCUGCACUUACCCCUGUAAAGCCUCUGGUUGUCGAGCUUGCACCUAGCCAGCCAGCCGAAGCUCCAACCCUGGCUCCAACCCUGGCUCCAACCCUAGCUCCAACCCUGGCUCCAACCCUGGCUCCAACCCUGGCUCCAACCCUGGCUCCAACCCUGGCUCCAACCCUAGCUCCAACCCUGGCUCCAACCCCAACCCUAGCUCCAACCCUAGUUCCAACCCUGGCCCCAACCCUAGCUCCAACCCUGGCUCCAGCUCCAACCCUAGCUCCAACCCUAGCCCCAGCUCAAGCCCCAGCCCCAACCCUUGCUUCAGCUCCAAUCACUGCUGUAACUCCUGCUCCUGUCCCACCCAAAGCCCCUGUCCCAGCCCUUCUUCCAGCCCUUCUUCCAGCACUAGUUGUCAAACCUCCCAGUAGCUCGGCAGCCAACCCAUUCAAGAUCCAGAAAGUAAAGACGUCCGAUCUGAAGUCCUUCCAUCCUAUCGUAAAUGAGGAUGAGAGCCAGGCCAGGAACAGUGGUCUUAGUGCUGAUCUCUCUCUUCCUCUGGAGAUUCUCUCUGACUCAGACGAAGGAGACACUGCCACAGAGGUGCCUGACUGGCUGAAGGAGGGGGAGUUUGUGACUGUAGGAACUAAUAAAAGUGGCACUGUGCGCUACGUGGGACCUACGGAUUUCGCAGACGGAACCUGGGUCGGUGUGGAGCUGGACUUACCUGCAGGGAAAAACGACGGGUCUGUGGGUGGAAAGCACUACUUCCACUGUAACCCUGGUUACGGGGUGUUGGUGCGUCCUGAUAGGGUGAGCCGUGGAGGAGUCGGGGGCGGAGCUAAGGAGAAGCGGCGACAGCAGCAGAAGCGUCGCAGUGCUAACUUAUCAGGGUCCAUCCCUAACCUGGCUGCCCUCACUGCCCUGGCCAAGGGAGAGGGGGCUGGGGCCGGUCGCAAAGGAGACAACCGUAAAUCCUGGAACAGCUGAGAGGAGAGAGUAGCAGAGUUGGGGUCAAUUUCAUUUCAGUCAAUUCAAGAUGGAAACUGGAAUUCCAAUUUCAAUUUCCCCUGAACACUUCUCUAGAGAUGCAUUGAGGAAAAUUGAAAUUCGAAUUUCAGUUUACUUCCCUAAUUGUUGGAAUUGAAACGAGAUUGAUCCCCAACCUGGUGGGUACUAGACACUACGCAAUGCCACAACCAACUAGUAGAGGUGCAACCGAAAACCAAAGCAACGUGUCAAGACAUAAGAGGUGCACCUUUUUCUCGUUUUAAAUGUUCAGUCACUGAUGGACAGAUAGAGGAGAGGCCCAGUUCAUGGUGCUGGCUGCAUCAAGGAGUAGGAUUAAGUUACCCCAAGUGAUCUUGGGUCAGUUUGACUUUUUCCCCACUCAUGGAUAAGGUUAGUAUUGGGGGGAGGGGAAGCUGAUCCUAGAUCUGUAUCUAGGGGUAACUUCAUCCCGGAGCCAGUUUUGUGAAGUUGCCCCUAGACACUGAUCUUGGGUCAGUAUAGCAUUUUCUUCACUAAUGGAUAGGUUCGGGAGGGGGGGGGGGCUGAUCCUAGAUCUGUACCUAGGGCAGGGGUGUCAAACUCAUUCCACGGAGGGCCCUAGAGUCUGCUGAUUUUUGUUUUUUCCUUUCAAUUAAGACUAAGACAACCAGGUGAGGGGAGUUCCUUACUAAUCGGUGACCUUAAAGCAUGAAACACACCGAGAAUCUGACUGUCGAUGGACUGCCGAUAGGUACUUAUCACAGUGGGAGGCCGUUCCUUCUCUUGCUAGAACAAAAGAGGUACCUGCUGCAUGCCGACCCGGCUAGCUAGCUAUGUUAUGCUAGCAAACUAAACAUUUGGCUAGGGACUGGCUGUAUGGGAUUAUGGAGAGUGAAUUAAAUGGUUUCUUUGUCAUCUUGCUGGGUAGUUAUCUAGCUGUGGCCAUCUGGUUAGUAUCAACAAAGACUUUCUACUAGGCUUGGGUGAUAUACCUUAUAUCGGGGUAUUUUCGAAAUACCGUUGGUAUGAUUUUCGAUACCAAUGGUUUGCUAACUUGCCAGCUAAAUUGCUAGACGUCAAGGUGAAACUUCUUGUUUACAGCAGAGCCAUUCAAUCCCCUCCUGGAUGGAUCAAGAUCCCUGAUGCUUAAAUUUUUGGGGGCAUUUUUUUGGUAUGUUUUUUUAUUUUUAUGGCGCCCCCUUGUGUGCACAUUUAGUAAUACCGUAUACCCUGGUAUGGUUCAGAAACGGUAUGAACAUCUGGAUACUUCCCGACCCUACUUUCUACGAAAUAGGAACAUUAGCGCAGAUAGCUUGGAAUCUAGACCAUAAGCAGUACGCACAGAUAUGCAUUGCCAACAACGCUACUGCCACCUUCUGGUUUGGAGUAUUUUAACAAGGCUGAGUGGCUAACGACUUCAAAGGUCUUUGCUGUGUGAACACAAAAGAGAGAUUGACUGCCGCACUGUUUUGGAGGUGCUAAGUACUGUCAGGUAAACGUUUGACAAGCCUACCGCUGUGUCUUAGCUUUAAUUCAUCAAUCAAGUACAAGGGAGGCGGUGAAAACCUGCACACACUCAGCACUCUUUGGAAUGAGUUUGACACAUGACCUAGGGCAGGGGUUCUCAAAGUAGGAUCUGCGGCUAGAACUUUCAAUUUUAUUUAUUUAUUUUAAAUUUGGG